AUGACUCCACGGGAUCACAUGAGAAAAAUGUCCAUACUGGGGGAGCAAGGAACACUAGAAGAAAAACAUUUAUACCGAUUAGCAAGUGGCAUGGCAGCAGGAGAACUGCGGCAGCGGCAAGAGAUGCUAAUGAGAAACCAGCUGAUGGCUGUGAACCCUCAGCUAAUGGGCACAGGCCAGCAGAGAAUGCAGGCGAUUCCCUCUCAGUUUGAGCCUCGCUUGGUAGACAGAGAUCUGUUACCUUCAACUGAAAUGAUGGCAGCAGCUGACCCGAGACAGAUGCACAUGGCCUCGCAGCUGGGAGCCGCGGUCCCGCAGCACACAAACGUGCCAACCAUCCUGUCCAACCGCGUGUACCCAGGCCCAGGAUAUAGCUUUCUCCAGCCAGAAUCUAUGGAAGCUGUGGCCAGGAGGCAGGAACUGGUUCAAAAACAAAAUAUUGCCAGGAUGGAAAUGGAGAUGAACGCUAUUUUUCAGCAAAAAGAAAUGGAGAAAGCUCAUCGGAAAGGGUUACUGGGCCUGGAAGCACCUUUCCUUUACCACGGAAUGCCAGCUACUCCUAUUGCUUUCCGUGGCAGGCAAAGGCUACCUGAAAGCCACCUUCCCAGUGACUUGUAUGUGCAUCGUACCACCCUUGAUGAAAUUCAUGGCAACACUAUGCUCAUGGCAACUAGCCCAUACCCGUCAGUCAGCAGUCUGCAAAGGGAGAGGAGCCGUCGGCCAGGGAGAAGAGCUGGGAAUCACAAAACGGCAGAAUGCAACACCAACGGCACCAAGAACCAAGCUGAAGACAAGACCUCAGAUCCUGCUUCUGCUGCAGCAGAUGAUGAGAAGGACGACAAGAAAGAAGCAGAGGUGGAGACACCAAACAAGCACGAACAAAGCAAAAACCAGAGUGAGGCAUCUGCAAUUUCCAAAAACUGUAAAGAGUUUGAACAGAGCUUGAGAAAAAACUGCGCUACCCAUGAAAUACCUACUGAGACCAGCAGCUGCAACAACACAAAUGAGAAGGAUUCUAGUAACUCUUGUGCUGCAUUUGACGACAAGUACAUGUACCAUUCUGCACUCCCAUUCUCAGCAUUACCAUAUGGAUUCCCGGUACCCAGCAACCCAUUACUACCUUCAGGAGCACACGGCCUGAUCCUGAAUGGAGAGGACAUUUCUUCCAUUGAGGACAUUCGCAAGUGGACGACUGACGACGUGUACAACUUCAUCAUUAGCCUUCCAGGCUGUUCGGAUUAUGCCCAGAUAUUUAAAGACCACGCUAUAGAUGGAGAAACCCUUCCACUUCUAACAGAGGAACAUCUCUUGGACACAAUGGGCUUAAAACUUGGGCCAGCACUGAAAAUCCGCUCUCAGGUGUCUCGACGCCUGGGCAAUGUGUUCUACAUGAUGAAUCUUCCUCUGUCCAUGACCCUGCCACCUGUUCCAGGCAAAUCCUCCGAUCAACCUUCUGACAUGGCCUCCCCUCUUCACUGUAACAGCAGUGGGGAUGCACUGGAUAGUCCCUGCUCUCAGGACCCAGAAACUUCAAAAACAGCGGAACCAAUUGUUUCAGAUGGCAGAGAAAAUUCAUGUGACACAGCUGGAAAUCAGGCUGACUUCCAGAUGAUCAGUUUUCAGAAGAGUUGA